AUGCCCCAAGCAGGGUACACAGGCUGCAGAGGUGCCAUGGCCAAGUCAUACCUGCUGCAGUGGCUGCUGCUGCUGCUGCCCACGCUCUGUGGCCCAGGCACUGCUGCCUGGACCACCUCAUCCUUGGCCUGUGCCCAGGGCCCUGAGUUCUGGUGCCAAAGCCUGGAGCAAGCAUUGCAGUGCAGAGCCCUAGGGCACUGCCUACAGGAAGUCUGGGGACAUGUGGGAGCCGAUGACCUAUGCCAAGAGUGUGAGGACAUCGUCCACAUCCUUAACAAGAUGGCCAAGGAGGCCAUUUUCCAGGACACGAUGCGGAAGUUCCUGGAGCAGGAGUGCAACGUCCUCCCCUUGAAGCUGCUCAUGCCCCAGUGCAACCAAGUGCUCGACGACUACUUCCCCCUGGUCAUCGACUACUUCCAGAACCAGAUUGACUCAAAGGGCAUCUGUAUGCACCUGGGCCUGUGCAAAUCCCGGCAGCCAGAGCCAGAGCAGGAGCCAGGGAUGUCAGACCCCCUGCCCGAACCUCUGCAGGACCCUCUGCCGGACAAGCUCAUCCUCCCCAUGCUGCCCGGGGCCCUCCAGGCGAGGCCUGGGCCUCACACACAGGAUCUCUCCGAGCAGCAAUUCCCCAUUCCUCUCCCCUAUUGCUGGCUCUGCAGGGCUCUGAUCAAGCGGAUCCAAGCCAUGAUUCCCAAGGGUGUGCUAGCUGUGGCAGUGGCCCAGGUGUGCCGCGUGGUACCUCUUGUGGCGGGUGGCAUCUGCCAGUGCCUGGCUGAACGCUACUCCGUCAUCCUGCUUGACAUGCUGCUGGGCCGCAUGCUGCCCCAGCUGGUCUGCGGCCUCGUCCUCCGGUGCUCCAUAGAUGACAGCGCUGGCCCGGGGUCACCGACAGGAGAAUGGCUGCCGCGAGACUCUGAGUGCCGCCUCUGCAUGUCCGUGACCACCCAGGCAGGGAACAGCAGCGAGCAGGCCAUACCACAGGCAAUGCUCCAGGCCUGUGUCGGCUCCUGGCUGGACAGGGAAAAGUGCAAGCAAUUUGUGGAGCAGCACACGCCCCAGCUGCUGACCCUGGUGUCCAGGGGCUGGGAUGCCCACACCACCUGCCAGGCCCUCGGGGUGUGUGGGACCAUGUCCAGCCCUCUCCAGUGUAUCCACAGCCCCGAUCUUUGAUGAGAACUCAGCCGCCCAGGUGAGUCCAGGCCCCCAGUUGCGGGGAGGG